AUGCCCAGUAGCUCAGAAAGCCGAUAUAUCAGACUUGAAGUCAUCAGCGGAAAGAACCUUCGAGUCCCUUCUGACCGCAUACCCGCAGGGGCAUACGUAUCUAUCAAUGUCGACUCCCGCAGACGCUGGAAAUCGUCCAUCAGUGUCUUAUCAUCGGAUGAAUCUGUAGCGUGGGGGAAUGCUGUAACUAUAUCAUCGCAUGCCUCACCUGCACUAUCAGUGGAGAUUAGGGCGUCCUAUGAGGCCGGUCGAAUGCUAGGCAGUGGAGAGCUCAUCGGGAAACUUCAAAUGUCGUGGGAUAAGCUGCUCGAUCAUGGAGAUGAGCCAUUCGAUCUAUCCUUCCCACCCGUUCGUGGUGUCCACCCUUCCCUCACGCUGAAGACCGCCAUUGUACAUGCUUGCGACGAUGAGGACAGCGCACUGUCUGAUUCCCUCGUAGACAGUGAGAUCGCUCGAGACACAGAUGCGGGCCACGCACGAUUCGCUGAAUACGCAAUGAGCGGGACGGUCUCUCAACUGAACGAUGCUGUGCAGCAUUUUCAGUUGGUUCUUGACCAGUGUCCGGUUGGCCAUCCUGAUCAUGCAGCAGCUCUCACCAACCUGGCGGAUGCCCGCCUUGAAGGCUAUAUUCAAAACUAUCUUCAAGACAUCGAUACCACCACUUCCCUAUUCCGCGAAGCCAUUGCAUUGCGUCCGCAGGGUCACCCCGAUCACGCAUCAUCCCUCCAUGAUCUCAUGAGAGCAUUGAUCUGGCGCUACAGCAAGGAGUCUACCGCCGUCUACAUUCGCGAAUCCGUGCAGCUGUGCUGCAAGCUACUGCCCCUCUGUCCAGAGGGCACCUACCUUCGUAACAUUGGCGUAGAUACUGCGGUCAGUUAUGUUAUCAACAAUCUUCCAAUCGACGCAUCCGAUGAAGGCAUCCACCUUCGACGAAACAUGCUCGAGCUCUCUCCUGUGGGCCAGCAACUCCGUCCAAAAGCACUUGACAAACUUUCAUCGGCUCUCUCCACGCGCUUUACAGAACGCGGCAACAUUGAUGAUAUAGAUGAGAGCAUUCACCUUCGUCGUGAAGCUGUCUACCUAAACAACUUGGCCGUCUCACUCGUGCACCGCUUCGAUCACCAAGGCAAACCUAAUGACCUCGACGAGGCCAUUUCUUUGUACGAAGAAGUGCUGCGCCUGCACCCUGUUGGGCACGAAUCUCGUGAUUUCCCAUUGAACACCCUAGGGGGCGCCUUCAUCACCCGUUUCAACAAACGUGGUGACAUUGAUGAUAUCACCCGAGCUAUCAGCCUCUAUCAUGAGGCACUGACGUUGCGCCCACCUGGGCAUCCGCAUCGUGACACCACGCUCAACAACCUUGCCCUCGCGCUCCACACCAGACAUAAGCAAUUGGAUGUCAGCGAGGAUCUUAGUAACGAGGUCAUUGAUAAGCUUCGUGAAUCCCUUAGGUUAAGGAGGCUUGACCAUCCAGAGCGCCAUCUAAAUCUUUCCAAUUUGGGUUUUGCGCUCUGCUCUCGUUUCACGCACACUCGGGAGAAUGAAGAUGUCGAGGAGGCCAUUGAUCUCUGCCAAGAAUCACUGGCGGCUUUGCCUUCACUGCAUCCAGGUAGGUAUCUCAGCUACAUGUGCCUGCAGGAGGCCUAUUUGUCUCGUUACCGAGUGCAACUGAGCCCUCCUGAUUUGUCACUGGCUGUAGAGAACUUCAAACUGGCAUCGAGACACCCUACUCGGGGCUUUCCAUCCCGCAUUAUAACAGCAUGUAACUGGGUCGCCGCAGCAGAGCAACACAGUCAUACAUCUGUGCUGGAGGCCUACAACACAUAUUUUGACCUUCUUGACAAUCAUUUGGCAACACGAUCGUCGACGACUUCACGGCAGGAAGCUGCCGCUGCCUUCCAUUAUGCCAGAUCACUGCCCGUAGAUGCAGCCUCAUGUGCCAUCCGCCAUGACAAUCUACGACACGCAGUUGAACUCGCAGAGCAGGGUCGUGGCCAGCAAUGGUCGUUGGCCUCUCGACUCAAGACUCCAGUCGAAGACCUCGAGUCAGCAAAUCCAAAACUUGCACACAAUUAUCUGGAGCUGAGCAAGCGCGUUUCCAAUGCCGCCCAAAGUUCUGCAAAUAUCACCGACAGAGCUGCUGCUGAUCGAGCAGCAACCAAGUACAGGAAACUUAUGGAGCAGUGGGAAGCUGCAGUGGCUGAUAUACGUGAUCUUCGGGCGUUCUCGCGGUUCCUGCUCCCGCCGUCAUACGCAGACUUGCAAGUGGCAGCGCACCAGGGGCCGGCCAUCAUACUCAUUGCCAGUCAAUACUCAUGCAGCGCCAUCGUCAUCUCGAUGUCAGGAGACCCCCAUCAUGUCCCCUUGCCCUCUAUCUCUCUCACAGAACUGACUAAUCUCAAAGAUCGCUUCGCCAGGGCAAUACGACACGCGUCUGUCAUGGGCCCAAAAGUACCGCGCAACGAUCUAAUAGUCCUCUUGCGAACAGUAUGGGACGCGAUCAUGUUACCCAUCGUCAAUGUCCUCCAGCAUGACCUGAAAUUAAAAUUCCGCUCUCGAAUCUGGCUGUGUCCAACUGCAGCUUUCACGUCUAUUCCUCUCCAUGCAGCCCACCCCUUUCAAACAAGAGCAGAUGGCUCUAAGGAGCCGUGUCUGGAGGAUCUUUACAUCUGUUCUUACACGCCGACACUUUCGGCUCUGGUCAGGUCUAGACGGAUGAUGAAGAAGCGUGUCACUCCAUCCUUCGCGACAAUCGGACAAGGUCAACCGGGUGCAGGGAAGGGCAAGGCGCUCUUGGCUGUUGACAGCGAGCUCGAGCUUGUCCAGAAGCUCGUUCCUGCAACUGCCACCCGUACCACUGUUUCUGGCGAUGAAGCAACACGAGCAGGUGCACUCCAAGCUUUGGAAGAGAACACAUGGGUGCACCUUGCUUGUCACGGCAAGCAGGACCCUACACAGCCUUACAAUUCUCAUUUCGUCAUGAAAGAUGAACAUUUGACGCUGCUUGAUAUCAUGGAUAGAGACAUUCCGCACGCCGAGUUCGCGUUCUUAUCAGCGUGUCAUACCGCUGUCGGCGAUGAGGAGACACCCGACGAAGUCAUUCACCUCGCGGCUGGUCUCCAGUUUUCGGGGUUCAAGAGCGUCAUUGGCACGCUGUGGGAGGUCAACGAUGCUGUCGCAAAACAUGUCGUUGAAGCGUUCUACAAAUAUAUGUUCAUGGAUUUGAAGGAUGGUGCUGGUAUUGUCAUGGACUGUACGAGGGCGGCCUGGGCCCUCAACCGUGCUACACACGCCGUGAAGACGAAAGUGCCGCUCGAGCAGAGGAUGGUUUUCAUUCAUAUCGGUGUAUAG